AUGGGUCCAGAGACACACCACCAAUCACCGUCACAAUCUUCUCAACCAAAGUAUUAUCCUCCACCACCGGAUGCCUCGGCUCAACAAUUUUCUCAAACAUUUCAUCAUGAGCAAAAUUCAUCAUCUUACAAUUAUGCGCCUCCGCAAUAUCCCCAGGAUACUUAUUCUCAAACUUAUCAACAAAACUCUCAACCAUUACAAAUGCAACCAAUUAAUACACCAGCUCCGACCAACGUUAUUGUCACAAAUAUGCAACCAACUCCGAUUAUUGUGCAAACUCAACCAGCUCCAG